CUUUGGGCCAUUUGAUUUCUCUUCAGUUUCCAACUUAUAAGAGACGGGUUUUCUUCCUUUGCUUUUGUGAAAUUGUGAGUUUGGAUUGUUAGAUACCAAAACAUGGCAAAUGUCGCACACCAUGGAGUUAUUGAGAUGGAAGAUGGGCCUCACCAUAUUGAAAGAGAGAGAAGUAUCUUUCUCAUGGUAUCUCCCGUCCAUAAGACUAAACUCAAGUCUGAAAUAAAGAAGCUGAUUCCCUGUCUUAUUGCUGAGUUUCUUGCUAAUUGGUUUAUUUUGGCUACAGCUACAGCAAUAACUUCAAUGAUGUUGUAUUACAAACCAAGUCCAUUUGAAAGAGCAUUCAAUGGUUUGGCCUUUCCUUGGGGUAUGAGCUUUACUUUUUGCAUUUAUGCCAUUGGUGGUGUCAGCGGUGCUCAUUUGAACUUUUCAGUAACGGUUUCUUUUGCGGCUUUUAGAGGAUUUGAAUGGUGGAAGACACUUCCUUAUUUCUUUGCUCAAGUCUUGGGUGGAACUUGUGGGACCUUGAAUAUGUGGCUUACUUAUUACCCACUGGGUUAUGCUUUAGCCAAUGGAAAACCUCUCGAUCAAUCUCCUGAAAUGGCUGCAGCUUUCUUCAAUAAUGCUAAUCAAGAAUAUUACACAACCAUUCACAGCUUUGCCAUUCAAUUAUAUUAUACUGCUUUUCUUGUAUUUAUGAUAUUUGCAUUUACUGAUCCCUACAAUCCUAUGGCACCAGGGGCAAGUAUGUUUCCAUUAUUGAUUGGUUUGUUGGUAAUGGAACUGGGAGAUUCUCUUGGAGAUAUUGGUCAAUUUACUAUCAAUCCUUCACGUGAUUUAGGGGCGAGAAUUGCUGGUGCUAUGAUAGGUUUUGGUCAUUUGGCUUUGCCUGGUGUUGGUGGUAUGUUGUGGGCUAAUCAAUGUGGGUCAGUCAUUGGAGGCGUCGUUGGGGGUCUUAUUUAUGAGUCUUUGGUUCGUCCAUUCUUUCCAACUGUAGAAGAACUUGGACCGACCAUUCAUAUGAAGAGAAUGGAAUACAUAUGGAAUUUCUUGCGAGGUAGAAAGAAUGUCCAGUUACAGGACUCUUCCAUUUCUCAUCAAAUAGAAGGAAAUGAUACGAGUGGGACUGCGGAUAAUACCAAACAUGUCAUUAAGGAAGAGGAAAAAUUUUCUUAACGAUUGUGAGCAAUAAAACUUUGUCUCAUUGG